AUGUCAUCACAUUCCACUCACCAAACUGCUCCUGGCGCUCCCCCUUCCUGUUCUCUAAUCCAACAUGCAGCGCCAAAGUCUUCGCCUCCCAACCAGGAGUUGCUGGAGAUUUCUACUCACUCACUCGUCCACAUGGGGGGGGCUGGUCCCCUUACUGACCAAAACACUCCUGAUGCUUGGCUCGCUCCCCCAGACCCUCAGCUCCCACUCCCAAGCCCACAUGCUGCCAGCGCUCAGCCCAAUCCUGCAAGCACUUUGUACCCCUCCCUUCACAGCACCCCCCCUCCUCAUUACACCAGCACUGGGGGCAGUCCAAUUGACAAUCUGGACGGCUCGCUCCCCCAGACCCUCAGCUCGCUCCCCCGAACUCUCAGCUCCCACUCCCAAGCCCACAUGCUGCUAGCACUCGAGCCCAUUCAGUCACAUACCCUGUAUAAAACAGGCAGCCAAGGGUGA